AUAUGGGUUGUACUAUGUCCUUAUAGAAUUUGACCCCGACAACCUUAUGAAGGAGCUACAUGAGAUAAUGCGGGGAAAACGCUCGUUGAAAGAACUUAAUGAAACAGAGAGUCCUAUUCAAUUCCAUCACGCAAUAGACGAAAUAAAUGAAGAUACAUUGAAGAACUCAAACAUAUCUGGAACCCUUGGAGUGAGAAAAGUCGACCCUGGCCUGAAGACCAGCCGAAGAUCCGGUGUGUUUGUUAAUUCAACCAGUGAUCCCCUACAUAUAGAGUAUAACCAUCCAACAAUAUACAAUAAUCACAUUACAGAUAAAUUUGACACAUCUCAUAAUGCUGACCAAUACGAUGCUCUGGCCAACGAGAAAAUGCACAAUAUUGUGAAUUACACCCAAAAAGUUAAAGAUAAAGAACUAUCCAAACUUGUAGUAAAUGAAUUGAAGAAGGGAGAAGAAACUAUAGGUGAUCCAAAUGCACCGGUGGCGUCUAAUAUUACGUUCACUCCUGAAAAAGAUACCCUAACAGCGAUGGCGUACAUUGCCGGUAACCUAUUGAAUAAGCUAUGGAAUUUGGAGAGAGAUGCAACUGAUGAUUCAAUAGAAACAGAUAAUAUGAAAAAUCAGAAAAUUGCUGACUUGCUUGAUUUAUUUAAAGAACCUUUGACUUAUAGACAGGAAGUAUUCUUAAAAGACGCUUUGGAACACUUAUCAGAAGCAGUGCAUAGGAAUAAAGAUAAUAAACAAUUUUCACUGUGUGAAACUGUAGAUGAAAUAAAAAAAGAAAUUGUGGGCGAUGACAGAAUACAAGAAGUAAAAAAAGAAGAAAAAAGGCUGAGCAAGAAUGUUAAAGAGUCAAGUGCGGAUAAUGGUCAGUCUAAAUUAAUUGAAGUUCUUGGUUUGAUAAAAAAAUACGAAGACGUACAAACAAAUCUUCAAAGUAUAAAACAUCCAAAAGAUAUACCGACUCUCUCUACUGAAACACCUAUUUUACGUACAGAUAAAAAAGAUAGUAGUUCUCUUAACCUGUUUGGUAAUAUUUUGGAAAAAAUAACCAAUUUACUUAUACCAAACAAUAAAAGGAUGAAAAAUAAAAUAAGAAAUCAAAAUAUGUUAAGCAACGUUCAUAAUUUGGAAGAAGAUGUUAAGAAAACAUUUAAUAUAAAUUUGGAUGGAAUGAAACUUACACCUGCAGAUAAACUAAUUUUGGAUUAUAUAAAUAGACUACAGUCAAACCCAUGUCCAUUGUCAAAUCAGCAGGAAGAUAAGUCCAUUCGGAAUAAACAAAGCGACAUAUUACUUAAUUUAUCUGAGUUUUUCAAAAUAAAAUCUUACUCCGAUCUUAUGAACAUGAUCGACCCAAAACUACAAAAAACUUCAACUCAACCUACACCAACGACGGUAAAAUAUCAGGAGAGUCGAAGAACGUCAGACAAUAACACAAGUACAGAUAUCGAAAACAAUAAUACGUCAAGUAUAAAUGAUAAACUCAAACUUCACUUAAAGGCCAUAGUCAAUGACCUAAUUGAAUUACAAAAUGAAAAAGGAAAAGAUCCUAAACUGGGAGAUUUCAAUAUCACCGACGUGUUGCCAUGUAUUGUUAAAAUUAUCAAUCAAGAGAAUAAUCAACGUAAAGAAACUAACUAUUAUACACAGAGUGCAUUAUUAAAUAAAAUUAAAAUUGUUUUAGGAGCAAUUAAAAAAGAUAUUAGAGAAAUGCCUCAAAGUCGCAGGAGUAUGGGUACUGGUCCGAGGCCUAAAUCAGCCGUAGUUUGGGAGCGUGUAGUUAAAAAUUUAGAGCAAACUCCUCAACCAAGCAGAAGAUUCUUAAAAAUUGUCAAACCGCAAUCGUAUGAAGUAGUGAAGAAAAUGAUAGAUCAUAUGGAAUCAAAUAACUCUAACACAUACAAAUCUGUAGCGCUAAAUAAAGAUAUACCAGCGGCUGAUAAGCAAAUGUUUUUAAAUACUUUAUUAAUGGAGACUAUUAAUUAUGCAAGCAUAAUAGGAAAGUUGCUUGUAUUGAAUAGUGAAAAAAAGCUACCGGAAAAAGAACUAGACGACCUUCUUGAAUUUGUUGAUACUGCAACCACGAAUUUUGAUUUAAACACAAAAUUAGUGAGGGAUCUUGGUACGCCCAAACAAAAAAGAUUCAAUGUUCUACCUAACAACAAACAAGCUUUAAAAAAUGUAAACAAAAUGUCUGAUAUUAAUGAUAACUAUAAAUUAAACAGCGAACUAACAUUGAAUCAACUCAUUAAGACUAGAGUUAAGCAAUAUAUGAAAAUGAAGGAAUCUGAAAAGGCAACUGAAGAUAUGGGAUAUAACAUAGCUCAAAGGAUCCUAUCAAAUUUAGAAAGGGGAAGUGAGAGAUUAGCCCGGGAACUCUACAAAAUUUUAAUUGAAACCAGUCAACGAGAGAGUGCACCAGGUAAACUACUAAAUCAUAAUUUGCGUAUAUUUUAG